AUGAACAAAUUAGUUGUAUAACAAGUUAAGAGUAUUUUCAAUAGUCUCCCGAAUAAGGAUUUGGAUAAAUUGCUAAAUUUGUUAGUUGCUGCAGGAAUCACUAAAACCUAAAAAUAAGUUGGCUAUAAAUGUGUUGAAUGCACUAUUAUGUUCAAAGGUACUAAUGCAAGUGGAUUUGGCAGAGAUGAGCUUGAAGCAGUUCAUAUUUGUUUAAAAAAUUUUAUCGAAUAAAUGCUAGAAGAAGAAGGUCAUUUAGUAUUCUUGAGAAAUAUUUUAAAAGAGCUAAAAUAACUGGAUUUCUAAGAAUAAGACAUUGAAUAAUUAUAACAGAAAAUAGGCAAUAUAUCAAUCAUCUAAAAUAAUCAAAAUUAUUAGACUGUAGAUAGUUUGUUAAACGGAGAGAAUGAUUAAAUUUUAGGAUAAAUUGUUGAUAACAAGUCCAAAAAAUUUGAGACGCUAUAAGACAAUAAAGAGAACAUUUAGAAUUAAUAUCAGAAAUGUUGUAGUCAUGAACAGGAAUUGAAGAAAGAGAAAAUGAGAGUUGAACAUUUGGAAUUAAGAAUAAAAUUGAUUUUAGAAGAAAAUAGAAUUUUGAAAUCCCUUCUUAACGAAAAGAAAGAAAGUGCAAGACAAGAGAGCAACAGAGAAGGUGAUACUAAAAGGAUUCGUUAAUAAGUUAGAUCCAAUAGUGUCAAAAUGAGUAAAAUGUAGUAAGUAAAUGGAGUGCCUAAACUAAAUCUGGAUGCACUUCCAACCUAUAUUGGUAAAUAGAAAGCAUUAUUUUGA